UUUACACCAUUGUUUUCUCAAAUCAAAAUUUACUUGUUGUUAUUGUUGCUAUUGUUUGCUUUUUUUAGCACUAAAAACAUGACACGAAAGCUGGCCAUAAGAACAUUAGUUGUGAAAGAAAACUAUUUAUAUUUUUUUUAGUAUAAUCAACCUUAAAAUGCGGUGAAACAUUACUAAAUGAUUCAGCAACAAAAGAAAAGAAUGAUUUCUCUACAAUCUUCAUCAGUAUCUCUCGGAAUUAUUGUCCCUGGAAAAUUAAUUUGAGAAACUAUAGAGUUCAAAUUUCUUGUUUGUCGAACAUAAGUCGUAGGUGUAAAGUGUUAGUUUCCCAACCGGAAUACCUUGUAAAAUAUCAUUUUCGAAAAAGUCUUCCUUGAACUGAUAUCUAUGCAGAAAACUUCUCAAAAUCAGGAGCAAUGUACACAAAUCUUUACGAAGUGACAAGUAUUAUGAGUGCCAUGUUAAUCUAGGUUUAAAUCUAGAUAAUAUUUGUUUGUGGUUUUCCUCAGCUUUCCGUGCAAGCCUCCCUAUUGGUGUCUUUUAAAAGAGUACCGCAUUUCUCGAGCCAGUAGAAAUGCUGCGGGGAUCAUGAUUUAUUCAAUCUUUUGAAGAAAACUGUUUGAAAACAAGACCUACAAAUCACGGAAUUCAACAUUUGCGUGAUAUGGCAGAGAUCGCGUUUCUGCGAGUAGUAAUUUAGAAAAAGUCCUAUCCGUACGAUAAGACAGUAACUGAUCGGCACGCGAUCCUCGUGAUAAAUGUUUUCAAUUAUUCAUUAUAAUUAAGGUCUGGCAUAAAUACUUAAACGCAUAAGGAUGACCACAGCAAUUGUAGUGUCGUGGUAAGCACAGUCGUAAUGGAGGAAACUCUUGAGUAUUUGUGCUGAUUUAUGGUUACUCUAGUGUUUAGAGCACCGGGGCCGCCGCUUCUAAUUGUGAGCUGACCACCUGUAUUCCCAAACAGUGUUUGUAUUCCCAAAGAGUGUUUUUAUUUUGGUCUCAAAGAGAUGGUGCGCUCUAAAGCAGGCAAUGUACCACAAGAGGCGACCUCGCCGACAAGUACUAGCAAAUACGAGAGUACAGAAGAAACGCAAACGAACAUGGAUUCAAGGCUUCGUGCCAAACAGCUCACCGAGAACAACCCCAAAAUCACCAACGCCUUUCGUCUAAUGGCGGGCUCCAAGAAGAAAGUCCGCCAAGCCGAGGAGGAGGAAAAGGAGAAGUUAAAACAGUUGCGACUGCAUCGCCCGCGAAGUAGAGAACUUCUCGAUUCCGAUGAAGAAGACUACGAUUAUGAUUCCGAUCAAGAACCAGCAAUUCCAUCUAAAGACCCAGUGACCUACUUCAAGCAAAACCGUAAAUCCGAGGCCUUGGAUCUAACGGGGUGCCCAGUCGGUCCUGUCAACAUUUCAGCUAUCGUUAGGAAGUUAUUCCCCUCCAUGUUUGUCACGCGGCUGGUGUUAUCAAACACGUGUCUUGGAAACGAGGGAGCUCGGCUCGUUGCUAAGGGCCUUGUUAAAAACACCUGCGUAAAGGAGUUGGACUUAUCGCGAAAUAAUCUCCAAAAAGCCUGCAUGUCGGCUGUUGGCGAGCUAAUAGAGUUGAACGAUUCCUUGGAGAUUCUAAAUCUAUCUGGAAAUAGCCUGACAGAUGAAGCUAUAGAGCCCCUCAUGUCUUCCAUCCUUCUCAAGUGCAGGCUCGCCGAGCUGAACCUCUCGCAUAAUAUUCUUUGUGACGAGUUCGCGUCGAGCAUGGGACAAGUCCUUUUAACCAAUCGAAACCUCACCAGACUUUUGUUGAACUCCAACCACCUGGAGGUAUCAGGUCUCAUCGCCAUGGCGAACGGACUCCAGAAGACGAGAACCCUCAAGUUCCUAGACGUUUCUUGGAAUUAUAUACACGAUGUAGGUGCGAAGGCGUUGUCGGACAUCGUCUCGGCCAAUAAGGCGCUGGAAGAGCUGGUGAUUUGUGGAAACUUCAUUUCCAAGGAAGGCGCAGCACAAAUCGGCCAGUCCCUGCGUAAAAAUAAAACCCUCCGAGUCUUGCGCAUUGGCAAGAACUUGCUGCGGAAUGAAGGCGCGUACAGUAUACUGCACGGGCUGAUGCGGAGUAGCCAUAGCGGCCUGGAGGUAGUAGACCUGGAUGGCACGCUCGUGGAUCCGCACUUUACUACCGAGUGGAAUAAAGAAUUGCAUGAUCGCUUCCCCGAUCUGAAGCCUGUAAAUUUCGUAGUUGAGUUCUGUGAGGAGAAUGCGGGUAGCAAUACCCAACAUCUGGCCACUGCCAUAAAGGCAUAACUGAGGGACUGGCUAUAGUUGGACAUAGGGCUGAGCGAAUCCUGUUUUCUAGGUUUCACCCAGGUUUCCUUGACUUGGCAAGCUCAUGUGAAGAUAACCAAGCGAAGGCAGCGAAAUGGGAAAAAAUAGUAGAUGCAUGCAUUGGAGAUCUCUGUUAUCAACUACAACUUUUAACUUGGCUGAGGACAUCUGCUUGAAGCGAAAGAACUGGGUACUGAGGACAGUUGCUUGAAGGGACUGCCACUUUGUUAGCCAGGAACAUGUCCGCCAUGAGCAAGAGUGCCUAGAACCACCGCCUCCUUAUCGAUUGCUCUCCUUAUCGAUUGCUCUCCUUAUCUAUCGCUUCUAAGGAAACUAAGGUUCCAACUUGUUGCUCGUUACACUACAGAGCUGUAGCCUCGAAAUAUUGGGAGGCACAAUACUGAAACACUUAGAGAAUAUCGGGGGCACAGCCACGACCCUACUGGUCAUUCUUUUUUUAAUUUUUGAAAAUAUAGGAGGGGUGGCUGUCCCCAGUGCCCCACCCUCUGCUACGGCCCUGUACCAUCGACUCUAAAGGAUGGACUAUAAUUUGUUUUGACUGUUCUCUAUGGGAAAACGCUCAGACACGUACAAAUAACAAUAAUAAAUAAAAAUACCGUCGCGGUUCUUUUGGUCUGCCAAUUUCUUGACGUCAAUAACAGCGUUCUCUUCUUUGUAUAGCAAACACAUAUUUAUCUACAGACCCGCCGUUCCCCCAUCAAAGUCUUGGACUAUCGGACCUUGUACAAAGCAGUGCUUAAUUAUUGUUACACAUAUCAUGGGUAUUUAGAAUGACAGUACGUUACAUAGACACUUGGUGCCGAACGUGGGUAGGAACAAAAUAUUGUCUUUAUAUGAACCUUAGACUUUCAUGUCUCGAGUUUUAUUUUCCACUUAUUUAGUGGUGCUAGUUUAUGAUCACCACUGAAUGCAUGAUAGUUUAAUUGUGUUUACACUUUUUCACCUUCAUCCAAAUCAAUAAACAUACUUUUAUGUUCCUGA